AUGACUACGACGACGGCGUCCGAGUGUUCGGAGGGCGGCGGCGGCGGCGGCGGGGUGGUGUCGAGCCGCGCCGCCGCCCAGCUGCCGCCGCCGCCGGCGCCGGGCCGGCCGCUGUGGCCCGCCCACCUCGGCUCGGCCACGCAGGCUUACACGCCCUUCUUCAUCAACAACAUCCUGGGCCUGGCGCGGCCGCCGGCGUUCGGCCUGUUCGGCGCGCCGGCAGCCGUCGCUGAUGACGGGGAGGAGCCGCUGAACCUGACGGUGCGCGGCGCGACCGGCGACGGCGACGGCGCGCACCAGCCGGCCCCCGAGGCCGCAGAGGUUGCCGACUCCAAGCCAGCCGGCAAGGGCAGCCGCAAAGACCGGCCGUCCAAGAAGCGGAAGGAGCCGCCGACAGCGGGUCCCACCACUCCCGAGGAGGCCGAUGGCAGACGCAAGAAGGCGCGCACCACCUUCACCGGCCGGCAGAUCUUCGAGCUCGAGAAACAGUUCGAGAUCAAAAAGUACCUUUCGUCGACGGAGCGCUCGGAUAUGGCCAAGCUGCUGAGCGUCACAGAAACUCAGGUGAAGAUCUGGUUCCAGAACCGGCGCACCAAGUGGAAGAAGGCUGAGAACGAGGCUGCUGCUGCGGCCGCCGCCUCGGCAGCGGCGCCCGGCGCGGCUGCCCCGACCACGGGCGCUCCGAUCGCCGCUCCAGCCGCUGCCGACGCCAACACCACUGACAGUGCCGGUGCUGGUGACGGUCCUGGUGACGCCGCUGCUGAGAAGAGUCCGCGUCACUCCGACUCCGAGCCGCCGUCGGCCGAGACGGAGGCGGACAGCGCCGGCCGACAGGCCUCUCCCCACGCCGACAGCUCCCCGCUGACGGCGGCCAGCCCGGACCGUGCCAGCGCGUCGCCGGCCCGCUCCCCGCCGCCGGCCGACGCCAUUCGUGCCACCAAACCGCGCAACGGCAUCGCAAAGCUGGAGAGCCUGGUGUUCGAGCGAGAGAAGGAGGCGGCGCUCAACAACAACAAUGUGCCGACCGAGCAGAGCCGACAGUGCGCCGAGAGCUGAGCACACUGUCACCUGGUGGCCGGGUGGAAUAACUGAAGUUUGUUGCGCUGCCGCGGGGAAGCCGCGGCGCUGCGGUCGGUCCCGCGAUGGACCACCGCCUGCGUGGGACGCUGGAGCCAGCCAUUGCCUUAUUGUCGCUGGGAGAACGAUGACCUGCUGAGUGGCUCGAACUGGCCGUAUCAGUGCAGACCGAGGACCUCAGUGUGAGGCGGUGUGCCGAGAUCGAGCUUACCGAGCCGCCGUUUGUCUGUCUGUGUGGGCGCGCGAAUGUGUGUCAGGCUGUCGAUAGCCUGGCCGGCCGAGUCCGAACUUACAGCACUGAGACUGGCACCGGCCGGCCGAGCGGACGGGCGCGGUGGUACCCACUGUCCCUCCGUCUCCGGGUGUCGUAUGUACGUUAGAUGUCGGCGCGGGGCGCUGCAGGCUUUUGUACCCGCCGCCCAGCCUGGGGCUAGUCACCACUAGAGCUUAUCCGCGAACAUAAUCAGCUUGCCGGGCGAGUCAGGCGGUGUGCGAGGGUGACGACGGGACGGAACGCCAGUGGACUGUACUGGGCGGACAGGCGCCUGUUAUCCAGGGCGAGCUCAGAAGCGUGCCGGACCGCAUCCCUUUGAACGCCGCGCCGAGCAGGCUCGCCCGCUCAGGGCCCUCAGAAGGCCGUACAAAGCUCCUGGAUCUUUUAGCGACUGGUUCUCGGCCGUCAGGUGUGCGUGUCCGCCCGAUGGGUCCGCGUCAUAUUGUUGUCACGAUGUUCUGCGUUGAUUAUUUAAUUAUGAAAAUAAUCGCUUAGUUUGCAUGCAUGUGUUUCCGCUGUUCGGGUGUGUGGCAGUGGAAAGGUGGGCGCUUAAACCGAGAAAAUAUACGAAUAAACGUUA